AUGCAACGUCGGACCUCUCUGUUUGAGGUCGGACAUGACCAAACAACAUACUGUGCAUGGACUGGGGAGCAGAUGUAUAAAGCCCUAGUACACACUGUAAAAAUGUCCAAUUCGAACGCUAGCUCAUCCCGAGCCAUUCCCGGGCGCAUUCUUCACCACUUAUCUACCUCCCCGAGGUCUUCAUCCACUCAGCCACAGCUGAACAAUGAGUGCCUCACACCGUCUGAAGGGUGGCUGCGGGAGCCUGCGUGGAUCGAUGGUGGUGUCAAACCGCCGCAUUUUUACCACACUCAUGCUGAGAUUGUGAACGCAGUCCACGCUGCUGCCAAUGGAGGCAUCCAUAUUCCCACCACCUCAAGGGACCAGCCUCCGUUGGUGCCUGUUCGGUCACUUGCUGCACCAUUGGAUGCUCUCCGGCCACCUUCUGUCCCGCUGGUUGCCAUCCAACCGAGAGCUCCGCCACUUGCUGCUGCUGCUGAGCUGCAAAUAAGGCCUACCGCUGCUACUCCACUUGAGGGUGCAGGACACAUUAUCUCGAUCACACAUGUCUUUACCUUACCCGAAAUGAAGACUGUCAGUUCGCGAGGAUCUAAGGCAGCCGCACCAAAGCCUACAAUGAAUAUUAGGUUUGAGCACAUUGUGCUUGAGGGUAUCGGGCGCACUGGUUUCAUGCAGGCAUUUCUGGCUGUCCAUGAUCUCGCUGAUCAGUUCAGCCCUGGUGUUCAUUUGGGUCCAGAUUUCAAGCUUUGGUGGAUGGGAUCAAGCGGUGGCAAGACCCGAGCACCGACCAUUGAAAAUGAUCAUCAGUUCAAAGUCGCGCUCGGUGCCUUACUCAAGAAGAAGGGAGCAUGUCAAGUUGGCAUGAAAUUCAACACGGAUCAGAUGGAUGGCUACCGCAUUCAAAAACUGGUUCCGUUGGUUAAUCCGGACCUGAACGCUGCUGAAGAUGAGCUUUUAUAUGGCACUAAGGUACCUCACAUUGAGUCAUUCAGUGCGCAAUCUCAGCUGCACGGUGCGAUCAUCAUGCAGCUGAAGGAUAAGUGGUCAUGCCAACAACAUUCAGGUGAACACGGCGAAUCAGGGUACUGCUACGUCACGCCAAAUGCGGAGCAUAUCGGCAUGAACACUCGCAAGCUCAAGUCAUGGGCUUCUGCUAUUGCUGCGGCAGAUGCAACGAAGCAUGAGCCACCGCAUACACUUGACUUUGACGGCACACGCAACGGUUGCCAUUCGGCAGUCAGGUCUCGCGGACGCACAGGAUCUCAUGCAGAUUCUACUCCCACUCCUUCAUCCAGCUUCACUGAUCCUUCAGCUCUGUUGAUGGCGGCUAUAUUGCCGCUCAUCACGGGACUUUCUUGCAAGCAUGAUCACUCCCCAUCUCCCAUGCCUGUGGCUCUGAACUUCGUGCUUGCCUAA